AUGUUGUCAUCAUUUACAAAAUUAAGAAAACCAUUAUCUUUGUAUAAUAUAUCAAAGAAUAAUGGUAGCAAUAUUAUAAAUACAAGAUGUAUCACUUCAAAUAAUAAAAUUGUUUUACAAAAUAGUAAUGAUAAUAGUUUAAAUAAAAAUAAAUUAUUUUGCCAAGAGUUUUUAGAAAAGAACUUUAAAAACAAUUACUCAAGUAAAAACAAUAAAAACAAUAAAGCCAAUAAUAAUAACAAUAAUAAAAAUGAAACCGAAAAAAUUAUUUUAUCAUUGGUUAAUGUUAGAAAAGUAUUCGAAGACACAGGAAGAGAUAUUUUAAAACCAACUUCACUUUCAUUUAUGUAUGGCGCCAAAAUUGGUUUGUUAGGUGGUAAUGGUUCUGGUAAAUCAACAUUUAUGAAGAUCAUUGCACAAGAAGAUACAGAGAUUGACGGCGAAGUGCUACUUUCAAAAGAUAUAUCAGUGGGUUAUCUUCACCAAGAACCAGAGUUGGAUCCAGAAAAAAAUGUAGAAGAAAAUAUUUUUGAUGGUGUUUAUGAAAAGAAAGAAAUUUUAGAUGAACACGAAGAGAUUACAGAGCGUUUAGAAGAUGAGGAUGAAGAAUUAACAAAACAAGAGAGAAAGCAAUUAGAAGCAAGACAAGAAGAGUUGGCAGAUAUUAUUGAAGAAGAAAAACUUUGGGAUCUAAAGAGAAAGAUUGCAAUUGCAAUUGAUGCAUUGAAUUGCCCACCAGGUGAAAGCAGUGUCGAAACAUUAUCAGGUGGUGAGCGUCGUAGAGUUGCUUUAGCUCGUUUAUUACUUUCAAAUCCAGAUAUCAUUUUAUUAGAUGAACCAACCAAUCAUUUAGAUGCAGAGAGUGUUGCUUGGUUAGAACGUUUCCUUAAAGAAUACAAAGGUACUGUUAUUGCAGUUACUCACGAUCGUUAUUUCUUGGAUAAUGUUGCAAAUUGGAUUUUAGAAAUUGACCGUGGUGAUUUAAUACCAUUUAAAGGAAAUUAUACAAAAUGGUUACAACACAAGGAAUCUCGUUUAGCAGUCGAAAAUAAAAAAGAAGAGGGUAGAAAGAAAGCAAUUAAAAAAGAAUUAGAAUAUCUUCAAGCAGGUGUUAAAGCUCAAACCAAAAAAAACAAAACUCGUAUCGAUAAAUACAAUGAUUUGGUAACUAGUGCACCAGAAAAGUAUAGAGAACCAGGUAGAAUCUCAAUCCCACCAUGUCCACGUCUCGGUAAAUUAGUAUUCGAGGCAAGAGAUCUUUCAAUGAGUUUUGACGGUCGUACUCUUUUCAAAAACUUAAAUUUAAAUAUCGAACCAGGUUCAAUUGUUGGUAUUGUAGGUCCUAACGGUACCGGUAAAUCUACACUCUUUAGAAUUAUGACCGGUGAAUUAAAACCAGAAACUGGUUCAGUUAGAGUUGGUGAAACUGUUCGUAUGGGCUUUGUUUCUCAAUCACGUAGCUCAUUAGAUGACGAUAAAACCAUUUAUGAAGAGGUAGCUGACGGUGAUGAUGUCGUUAAUAUGGGUCUCCAUCAAAUUCAUGUAAGAGAAUAUAUCAGUCAAUUCAAUUUCAGAGGUCAAGAGCAAGAUAAAUUCAUUGGUUCUCUUUCUGGUGGUGAACGUAAUCGUGUUCACAUUGCCAAAAUGAUCAAAAAAGGUUGUAACCUCUUAUUACUCGAUGAACCAACUAACGAUUUAGAUGUUGAUGUUUUAAGAAAUCUCGAAACAGCUUUAGAGGAUUUCCCAGGUUGUGCUGUCAUUAUUUCUCACGAUCGUUAUUUCUUGGAUCGUCUUUGUACCCAUAUUGUUUCAUUCGAAGGUGAAGGUAAUGUUGUAGUUCACGAAGGUAAUUAUGCUUCAUAUGAUGAAGAUAGAACACGUCGUACCGGUAAAAAAUAUGACCCACAUAAAUUAAAAUAUAAAAAGAUUUUAACUGUUUAA